ACUGUUAAAAGGCCAGCCUCCGCGGCCCAUUAAGUUUCCCCUACUUUAUUUUCGUUCUCUCUCCUUCCAUCAUCGCCUAUCUCUUUCCUCAAUUGAGAAUUUUCCAAAGACUUUGGAGGGAAGCUCAGCUUCUGCGUGCAGCGAGGCCGUAGCAGUACCAAGAACACGGCAAUCACAACCUCUCCUUAAAAAAGGGUAAAGUGAUUCUUUUUUGGAUUGCAUUUUUGUUCUGUUUUCUUAAAAGGGUCAUCGUGCAAGACAUGGAUGAGAAUAUGAACCAAUUCCAGCAAAGCUUGAUUAUGCUUGAAACCGAAGCUGAGCAUCUGCUUUUAGCCCGCCAUGAGGUCAGUUGGAGAAUAAAGUUCAUCUUUUUUCCCCCUUCCUGAGAAAAUUUGUCAAAGGGAACAGCUCAUUUGAAUUCGUAUCUUCAACCAUUGUGGCAAAUUGUUGGGAUGAAAGUCAAAAUGUGAAAUUAACAGACUACCUUGCCUCGUUCAGCUGGUUGAAAAUGACAAAAUGAGGAAUGGAAACAGGGAGGCACUUACAGCACUGAGGAGGAGAGCUCGGACAACAAAAACUAGUGUUCCAUCCCCUUUUGAGUCAAUAAUGAAGGACAUUGGGGGACCUGGAUCCAGAUCAUUGGUAAAGGAGCUUUGUGCAACCUGUGGCAAUCAUGACUUAAAUGAGCCCACAUGGAUGAUGUUCCCUGGAACUGAUAUGUUUGGAAACAUCCCAUUUCAUGCUUCUCACACUAUUUUGGACACAGAGCAAGCACACCUUGACUAUGAGGCAAAGAAACUGCAAAGCUAUGUCAAAGAGAAGUCAUUUUUAAUAUCAGAAAAGGGAGUUCUUGCUGAUAAGAUCAGUCCAGGUGUGCUCAGAUCCUUAGUAACCUUAGCAGACAAUCCAAAGUAAGUGCAUUAAGUCCCAGAUUGUAUGAUUGAAUCCAUUUUGCAUUUGAGGCAACAGCUGAUAGGGCUGCCAGCUGCAGUGCUAAUAUCAACAGACAAAGUGAUAGACGAGAUGGGAGUUGUCUUUGCUAUAUGUCAUGAUAUAUAUUCAGCACUCUAAUAUUUAGAACACCUAUGGUCUGGCUUUAAUAUGCAUUUGCUCACAGUUGGCUGCCAUUCUAUUACCCAUACUUUGUUUUUUUCUUGCUUUUGAAAUGUGCAUCUAGGAUGGUUGUUUUCUUCUCAUCAAUUGGAAUAACUUUGCUUAGUCUGUUGUUUCCUGUAACUCUUUCUGCACAAGGUUCUGUUAUAACUUAUAUGAUCCAUAUUGUAGCUUAAUAUGUUUAGUUUGCUAGUCUUUCACAUGUACUACUAGUCUUUCACAUGUACUACCACAAUCAUUAGCACAUUAGGUUACAUGUGUCCUCUAUCUUUGCAGUCAAUUGAGUUGUUCCUGCAGUUGUCAUUCCCUUUUUCACAUUGAUACAAUGCAUAGCCUCAUAGAAGGAAGGUGUUGAUUCAGGGACCAUUUUGAUUUCUAUCAAAAGAAGUGUGGAACUUUCGUAGGGACUGUUUAACCAGUUGAAGAUGGCGCAUAGCACCCUUGCUUUCUUCCUUUCAAGUUUCAAGUGGUCCUGUUUUUCCUGUCCUCAUGUGGUCCUCCUAUUCAAUUCUUACCCCCCCCCCCCCCCAGAAAAAGAAAAAGAUGGAAAAGGUUAUAUUGCCUGAGCUGGCAUGAAUGCAACAAGUAUACAUUUCAUUGCUUUAUACAUGAAACUUUUAGAUUGUUUCAGACAUGGUUAUUCGUGAUAGUCUUUCUUCAUAAGUUGCAAAUCCAGUUUCAUCACAGGUUGAUUACUCUUUUUAUGUGACUACGUUGGAUGUAUUGCUUGUCGCCCAUUGCCAUUGAUGUGGAUUCUAGUCGCAGUUUAUGCAUUGACUGACCAUUAGAAUUGUU